GCGACGGAGGAGGCUCCAGGAUGCGGCACCUGCUACUGUUCCUCGUCCUGGGAGCGACUCUCGCCCCGGGCACGUGUUCCGAGCUGGUCAAGUACUUGGAGGUCGCGGAGAACGCGAGGCCCGGCACCAAGGUUGGUGUCAUCGACUUCGACAGCCCGCCGUACCUGAUAGUCUCGGUCUCUGGGCCGGCGGUCGACUCGGACUUGAACGUGGACCACGCGUCGGGCGAGAUCCGUACGAAAGUGCCAUUGGACCGCGAGACCAGGCCUUCCUACAGCCUGGUCGCGUUGCCGCAGAACAUUCAGGUGGUCGUGAAGGUGCUCGACGAGAACGACAACGCGCCGACGUUCCCGGUGGACCGGGUGGACGUCGAGUUCCCGGAGAACUCGCCGCGCGACGCCAAGCGGGCCCUGCCGCCCGCCAAGGACCCGGACCUGGGCCUGUACUCGACCCAGCGUUACGAGAUCGUGUCGGGCAAUCACGGGGACGCGUUCCGGCUGUCGCAGCACCGCGGCCGCGACGGCGUCCUCUACCUGGACCUGCAGAACUCGGGCUCGCUGGACAGAGAGGCUCGCUCGCAGUAUCAUCUGGUGAUCGUGGCGUUGGACGGCGGCGCGCCGCCGUUGCGCUCCAGCCUGCACGUGAACGUGACGGUACAGGACGUGAACGACAAUCCGCCGAUCUUCAACCAGACCAGAUACGUCGCCAGCGUGCCGGAGAACGCGACCGUCGGCACGCCGGUGCUCGCUGUGAACGCGACGGACAGCGACGCCGGGGACAACGGGCGCAUCGAGUACUCGAUAAACCGGCGGCAAUCGGACCGCGAGGAGAUGUUCCGCAUCGAUCCGGAGACCGGGAUGGUCUACGUGAACAAGGCGCUCGACUUCGAGUCGAAGGAACGGCACGAGCUGGUGAUCGUGGCCAGGGACUGCGGGGCGCAGCCGCUCGAGGCGAGCGCGUUCCUCUCGGUGCGCGUCACCGACGUCAACGACAACCAGCCGGCGAUCACGGUGAUAUUCCUGUCGGACGACGCGACACCGAAGAUCAGCGAGAGCGCGCAGCCCGGCGAAUUCGUGGCCAGGAUAUCGGUCAGCGAUCCGGACUCCAGGACCGAGUACUCGAACGCGACCGUCACGUUGACCGGCGGCGAGGGCCACUUCGGCCUGGCCACCAGGGACAACAUCAUCUACCUGGUCGUGGUGGAGCGGCCGCUGGACCGCGAGGAGAAGCCGGUCUACGAGCUGUCGGUCGAGGCGACCGACGCCGGCACGCCACCGCUCAGAGCCGUCAGGACGUUCAGGUUGCUCGUCACCGACGUGAACGACAACGCGCCGAAGUUCGGCCAGGAAAGGUACGAGGCGCACCUGUUAGGCGCCUCCGAGCCGGGCACCCCGGUGCUCAACGUGACCGCCACCGACCUGGACGAUGGCGCCAAUUCCGCCGUCAAGUACUCCCUGAUGAACUCCACGUGGUUCGCCAUCGACGAGAACUCCGGAUUGAUCACCACGAUCACUCACGUCGACUGCGAGGCAGAUCCCGCGCCUACUUUAGUGGUUGUGGCCACCGACUCCGGUCGGCCGGCUCUCAGCAGCAGUGCUACGGUACGAGUGACAGUUCACGACCUCAACGACAACGAGCCGAUCUUCGAGAAGCCCCUGUACAACGCCACGGUGCCGGAGGACAUGCCGGUCGGAUGCUGCUUCCUCAAGGUGCAGGCGACCGACCCCGAUUGCGGCGUGAACGCCAUGGUGAAUUACACGCUGGCCCCUGGCAGAGUCGAGACCGAGCAGCUGAUGGUGCGCAGCGACACCGGCGAUAUCUGCGUGAGAACACCCCUCGACAGGGAAACCGCGCCCUACCUGGAGAUUCCUGUGAUCGCCACCGACAGAGGUGGACUGAGCACCGUGGCCAUCGUCAGAGUGCAAGUGACGGACGUGAACGACAAUCUCCCUGUGUUCGACCCGCAGAUGUACAAUGUGAGCUUGAAGAGCGACAGUCGGGUGCAAGGACCGAUUUUGAGAGUAGCAGCUACCGAUCUGGACGUUGGACCGUUCGGUCAAGUGACCUAUCGGAUCACGAACGGCAACGAGGCCGGAGUUUUCCAGAUCGACCAGAACAACGGCGAGCUGCAGGUCGCCUGGCCGAAUCUGCCGUUUCGGUCCUCGUUGUAUCUGUUGAACGUGGCGGCGACGGACGCGGCUGGACGGAAGAGCAUCGUCGACGCUGAAGUGAGGAUCACGGUGUCCUCGCCUGAACACAGGAUCGCCACCUGCGACAAGCCACGAUACACCAUCACGGCGAAGGAGAACGUUCCUCAGGACAGCAUCGUGGGUGGCGUGAAGGCUGCUUUGUCUUCGGGUGAAGGGCCAACCAGAUUUUAUUUGGCCAAGGUAGAACCGGAUCUAACGAUGGACCCGAAUACGGGAAUGAUCCGUGUACGCCGGCCGCUCGACAGGGAGGCCCGGGACAAGUACGUUCUCAGCGUCGUCGCCAGGAACAACGUGUCCGUCGGAUAUUGCCAGGUCGAGCUGACAGUGGAGGACGUGAACGACAACGCGCCGAUGUUCCCGACCACCGCGGUGCGGAUCUCGGUCCCCGAAUCGCACCCGCUCCACACAGCUUUGUACGUGGCCCACGCAACGGAUCCGGACACAACGCCGAUCCGGUACGUGCUCGGCCAGGACAGCAACGACCUGUUCGGCAUAGGCGCCCGGUCCGGCGAGCUCUAUUUAGCGAGGAGAUUGGAUUACGAGACGCAACAACGCCACGGGCUCCUGAUAAGGGCGCUGGACGGUGCCGGACACUCGGCGAACCUGAGCCUGAGCGUCGAGGUGCAGGACGUGAAUGACAACCCCCCAGUGUUCGAGAGGAAGGAGUAUCACGUGGAGGUUCCCGAAGGCGCCAAGCUCGAUUCCCAAAUCCUCCAAGUAACAGCAGUGGACCUCGACACGGGCAACAACGCCAGACUCAGCUACCGUCUGCAAGGCUCUUCAGCGUUCCGGAUCAGCCCGAACACCGGCUGGAUCUAUCUAGCGCAGACUCUGGAUCGCGAGACCCUGGAUCGUCAUGCUCUAACAGUCCUGGCGACGGACAACGGCUCGCCGGCCGCAACGGCGAGCGCGUCCGUCGUGGUGACGGUUCUGGACGACAACGACAACGACCCCAGGUUCGAGAGAGACUUCUACGGGUUCGAACUACUGGAGAACCUACCCUCGGGCACCCUGGUAGGGUCUGUCAGUGCCUCGGACCCCGAUCUCGGCAAGAACGCGCUGCUGAGGUACGCGGUGGUCCAAGCAAACAGCAGCUUCGCGGUGGACCCCGAUACAGGUGAAAUCAGCACGCGUGAGCCACUGGAUCGCGAGACGAAGAGCGUCCACGAAUUGGUUCUGGAAGCUCGUGACCAAGGCACCCCGUCGAGGGCCGCGAGGGUCCCUCUGAAGGUCACGGUUUUGGACGUGAACGACAAUUCGCCGGAGAUAGUGGACCCGCAGGGGGACGUGGUCGGGGUGCGGGAGGAACAGCCGCCUGGAACAGAAGUGGCGAGAGUCAGGGCGUUGGACAACGACUUGGGCGAGAACUCGACAGUGACCUACACUAUUCUGAAAGACCGGGACUCCGACGGCUACAACGUUUUCACCAUCGACCCGAUCACCGGCAUGAUCCGGACCAAGGCGGUCCUCGAUCACGAGGAGCGGAUCGUCUACCGGGUGUCCGUUAAGGCCACGGACGCCGGCAAACCACCCCGGCACAGCAGCGUGCGAACGCUAAAAGUCGAGGUUUUAGCGCUCGCCGAUAACCGGCCGACCUUCACCAGCAGGAGUCUUACCUUUAACGUGCGAGAGGACGCGAGCAUCGGGCAAGCGGUGGGUUCCGUUUCGGAGGCGGGACCAGCGGGUCGCGUGGCCUUCACCCUGGACUCGUUGACACCCAUCAGCGAGUUCCCAGCGUUCGACGUGGACCGUAGCUCCGGCCAGCUGGUGGUCGCUCAUUCCCUGGACCGGGAGAACGUGAGCGAAUACCACCUGGAGAUCCGCGCGCUGGACACCACGUCGAUCGGCAAUCCUCAAAGCAUCGCUGUCUCGGUGAAGAUCGUCAUCGAGGACGCGAACGACAAUCCGCCGAGGUGGCCGCUGGACCCCAUAACAGUCCGAGUGUCCGAGACGGCGGCGAUAGGAUCUACCAUCUACAACCUGACUGCCACGGAUUCGGACAGUGGCCCGAACGGGGACCUUCGCUACGGUUUGGUCGCGGAGUUCCCGUCGAGAGGCAGCUUCGCCGUUGACUCCCUCACCGGAGCUUUGACGUUGGCUAAACAGUUGGACAGGGAGGAGAGGGCCGAGUAUACCUUGAUCUUGAAGGCGUCGGAUAGAGCCGCGCCUGGGGAACAACUGGCCUCCACUGUCACUGCUAGGAUCAUCGUGCUCGAUCAGAAUGACAACGAUCCGGUGUUCGUGGCGCCCGAAUCCACUACCGUUGCUGUCACGCGCGAUCUUCUGCCAGGAGCGAUGCUGGUCAGAGUGGUGGCGGUGGAUAAAGACGCAGGCGACAAUGGCCGUGUAUCGUACGUGAUCACAUCGGCGAACGAGGAGGCGAGAUUCUCGGUGGGUUACGAGUCCGGCAUAGUGAGCUUGCAGAGGCCGAUGUUCAUGGAGGUUAGAUCGACGGAGCUCGAGAUCACGGCGAACGAUCACGGUUCCCCACCGCGCAAGUCAACUAUCAGGCUUCACCUGACGCUAGCUUCCGGCCAGAGUAACGGACCUCCUCGAUUGCUACUCGCCAACCCGGUAGCCAACGUUUCGGAGGACCUGCAUGUUGGGGCGCCGGUCCUGAACGUCGCCGGCCCUAUCAUCGCCGAUCAAGGUAACGUCAGCUUCAGCAUUCCGAGCUACGUGGCGUCCGACAAGUUCGCCGUUUCGCCGAGCGGUCUGGUCACUCUGCGCGGACCCCUGAACCGAGAGGAGACCGCCCGCUACUCGGUCCCGAUCAUCGCCAGGUCCAGCAAGCUGCUGGACAUCGGCACGCUAGAGGUCCAGGUACUCGACGAGAACGACAACAGCCCCGAGUUUCGGCCGGGUUCCUGUUACCCGCUCGCGGUACCGGAGAACCAGGAGACCGCCGUGAUCCAUACGAUCGCCGCCGCCGAUCUCGACGAGGGGAAGAACGGGGAGAUCUCCUACAGCAUCGUUGGAGGUAACAUAGGCGCGAAGUUCUUCCUAGACCCGGUCACCGGGACGUUGUCCAUGUCCAACCUGGACCGAGAAGCAGUCUCCAAUUACAUCUUAACGAUCUCGGCGAAGGACAGAGGUCGGCCGAGCCUGGAGGCUCGGUGUAACCUGACAGUAAUCGUGCUGGACGUGAACGACAACGCUCCCCUAUUCGCCCAAAAUCAAUACACCGAGUCCAGGACACGUGGAUUCGUGCAGUCCGCGGAAUACCCUAGCUUCGGCCUUCCAAGCGGAUUUCCGUACGGCUCGGCGAAUUAUCCUAGCAAUUAUCACGCCAGCAAAUACGUGGCGACGAUAUCGGAGGACGUCGCCGCCGAUUCCAGCGUGAUGUCAGUAAAUGCCAGCGAUCCGGACCAAGGGGUCAACGGGCAGAUCACUUAUUCGAUCGGAGAGGAGACCAGCUGGCUGUUUAGGGUUGAUAACAAGACCGGUGUCAUCACCACUGCUGGGCCCCUGGACCGCGAGCGUCAAAGCACCUACAGCUUCGUGGUGAUAGCGACGGACAGCGGGAAGUACGACGCGAAGAGCACCUCGAUCCCGGUGGAGAUUCGCGUAAGCGACGUGAACGACAACGCCCCGGUUUUCGCGGAGUACCCGUUCCGCGCCCGAGUGUCGAUCGGAACCCAGCCGGAGAAGAACAUCCUGAGAGUGGUGGCCACCGACGCGGACGAGGGAUUGAACGGGGAGAUCGUGUACUCGUUCUUCCACGAGCAGGAGAAGCCGAAGUUCAGGAUCCACCCUACCACCGGCGCGGUCACGGCGGCUCUGUCCUUGUCCCAGGACAACGGGAAGACGUAUCACCUCGAGGUGCUGGCGAGGGACAGAGGGAACCCUCCCAGAAGCGCUCGGGGCCUGAUAGAGCUGCAGGUCGGGAACUUAGCCGACCUGCUGCCCGCCCUCAAGUUCCAGAACGAGUCCUACGAGGUGGUGAUCCUGGAGAACUCCGCGGCUGGCACGGAAGUGGUGCAGGUCACCGCAGUCAGGUCCGACGGCAGGCGACAGCACGUGUCCUAUUCGCUGGGGUCCGGCAACGACUUCGGGACCUUCGCCAUCGACGAGGACACCGGGCUGGUUCGCGUGAACGACCCCGCGAGAUUGGACGCCGAAUUGUGGACCGAUAUGAGGGUCAGACCCGCCGACGGACAGAUCGACGAGGGAAGGACCAACGCUUGGGGCAGGUCCUUGGAAGGCCAGCUGUCCAAGGAGGAGCCUAGGGAGAGCUCGAAACACGUGCUGACCGUCGUAGCCAGGACCAUCGGCUCGGAUCCGCUCGAGGCUUACGUUCAGCUGGUCGUCAGGGUGUCGGACGUCAACGACAAUCCGCCUGUCUUCACGCAGACUCAGUAUUCCGCCACUGUUCUCGAGGGGAACGUCAAGGGGGACUUCGUUGUCAAGCUCUCGGCCAGCGACGCCGAUCAAGGAAUGAACAGCAGGAUCCUGUACCAUAUCGUAGACGGCAAUCCUGAUAAUGCGUUCACUAUCAGUCCGCCGUACAGCGGUGUAGUUCGCACGAACAUCGUGCUCGAUCGAGAGAUCCGCGAGAAGUAUCGUCUGACGAUCAUCGCCACGGAUCAAGGAAAUCCCCAGCUAACCGGCACCGCCGCACUCAGCGUUCGAGUGAUCGAUAUCAACGACAAUCAGCCGACUUUCCCGGAGCAUAGCAUCAUUUCUGUCUCUGAAGGUACCCAAGUGGGCACGCUGCUGACGACCAUCACGGCGAACGACGUUGACAGUUCCCCGGCGCUGACCUAUCGAUUCGGGAACGUGACCAACCCGGGCCCUUUCAGCAUCGAUCGUUACGGAGGCAAGGUCGUUCUCCGCAGACGUCUGGACGCUGAAACGCGGUCGGAGUACAGCCUCCAGGUGAUUGCCAGCGAUGGAAUGCACGAGGCAGUCACGGAUUUGAUAGUCCGCGUCACGGAUCUGAACGAUAACGCGCCCAAGCUGCAGCAGUCGGCGUACAUCGCCACUCUUCCAGAAGGACGAGGGGACCUGCAGGAGAUCCUGACGGUAAACGCGACAGACGACGACUUCACGGAGGACAACAGCCGCAUCCGCUACUACCUGCUGAAAGCCAGCAAAGGCUUCUCGGUGCAUCCAGUGACCGGCGUGCUGACUGUGAAUCGCACCGCUAUACCGAGGCCCCUCCCCAACGAAGUGGAGCUAGCCGUUGUAGCCGAAGACUAUGGCAAACCACCGGCGUCGUCGGUCUGCUCCGUCGUGGUGCGACUCAGCGGCUUGAAGAGCAUUCUGCCAGGAAAGAAGCACAAGAUCACGGCGAAGGAAAAUUCGACGAGAGGAACCACGUUGAUGAGACUGUCCGACGUCGAUCUGUUGGACGGCAGCAUCGUUGCCGGCGACGACAGCGGGACGUUCGAGGUGUCCAGGGGGAAGUUGAUACUCUCCAAGGUGCUCGACAGAGAAACGAAAGACAGAUACAUCUUGCGGCUAGGCUCGAAGAUCGAGAACAUGACGACGGGUUCCCUGAUGGGCGACGAGCCGGUGACGGUGAUCAUCACGGUCGAGGACGUGAACGACAACUACCCUCGGUUCUUCGAGGAGCUUCACGAAGUGUCGAUCAAGGAGAACGCGUCCCAAGGAACGACGAUAGCAACGCUCCGCGCGAAGGACGACGACCUUGCGGGAAGCGCCGCAGCCAGCCUAGUCUACGAGAUCACGUCGGGAAACGACGGUGGAUUGUUCAAGGUGGAGAGGACGACGGGGUCUGUGUUAGUGAACGCGACGCUGGACUGCGACUUAGAGCCGGAGAUCUAUAACUUAGUGGUGAUGGCGUGCGACAGUGACCCAAUCUCGCCACUCUGCGCCCUUGCAAGACUGAGGAUCCGACUGGAGGACGUAAACGACAACUCCCCCAAGUUUCCAGUCUCGGAAUACCUGGAGUUCGUCGGCGAGAACGAACCAAUAGGCACCACAGUGUUCUCGGCCCGCGCCUCGGACCUCGACCGCGGUAUUUUCGGCUCGCUGAACUACUCGAUCGUGUCCGCGGCAGCCACCGGCUUCUCCGACAUCGACGACAGCUGGAAACUGUUCGCAGUGGACGCUAAAUCGGGCACAGUGACCACACGAGCCGUGUUCGACUACGAACUCCGUAAUCGCUACGCGUUCACCUUGCGGGCGACGGACGCAGGCGGCAGAACCGCCGCAGUCCGGGUCAGAGUUGAGAUCGAGUCGAAGGACGAGUUCUAUCCGCAGUUCACCGAGAGGAUGUACAGAUUCGGCAUCAAGAGCGGGGCCCAGGUGCUUCCUGGGACGGUGAUCGGCCACGUGACUGCCACGGACCGCGACAAAGGGCCGGACGGCAGGGUGGUCUACCAGCUGACCUCGCAGCACCCGUACUUCAAGCUGAACCGCACCACGGGCGCGCUAAUCGUCAAGCAGAAGUUGAUGCACAUCGACAUGGACGUGGAGGAGUCCUCCAGGCUGGUGGUCAGCGCCAGCUCCGGCAGACAAUUCUCUCUGUCGAACAUGACCGUGGUGGAGAUCACGUUGGCGGACGAUAUCGACGCGAACGAAGGCGGAGGCGUCACAGCUUUAGCUACGCCGACGGACGUGGGCUCGAACAUGGCCGUGGCAGCGAGCGGGGGCCUGGCGGACUGGGCCCUCGGCCUGCUGAUAGCGUUGCUGCUCCUGGUGGUAGCUUUCGGGGCCGUCUUCCUGUACCUUCACCUCAGAAACAGGAGACACAAGAAGCCAGGAACGAAGCCCGGCCUGAACGGCGAGAGCAACGCCACUGCGUCGAACAGUUACGUCGACCCCAGCGCGUUCGACACCAUUCCUAUCAGGAGCGUAACCGGAGUGGGCGCCGCUGGGAACGGCGGCGCUGGGAAUGGAAAUGGAGGCGGAGGCGCCGCGUCCUGCCAGUUCGCACCGCCUAAGUACGACGAGAUUCCUCCGUACGGGACCUCGGGACAGUCCGGGCAGCAGCAGGCCACCUCGGAGCUGUCGGGAAGCGACCAAUCCGGCUCAUCCGGCCGAGGAUCGGCGGAGGACGACGGCGAGGACGAAGAAAUCAGGAUGAUCAACGAGGGUCAGCAGACCGGGGACUCCGCGAGCGACCUAUCCGUUCACAAUACUCAAGAAUACUUGGCCAGGCUAGGCAUCGUCGAUCCGCCAGCUGGGACGCCGAGGAGGCCGCCGGAAGCGCUGCCUCUGAACAGCCUGCACCUGUUCGAGGACGAAGCUGCCACGGAAGCCGACAUCGCGACGCUUAUUUAUGGGAAGAUCGGAGAGCCUGGGAGGCCUAUGUCGGGCCUGGAAGUGCCCGGGGGUCCGUCUAUGAACGGAUCGCUGAGUUCCAUCGUGCACAGCGAGGAGGAGCUCACCGGGUCCUACAACUGGGACUAUCUUCUCGACUGGGGACCUCAUUACCAGCCUCUGGCCCACGUGUUCAGCGAGAUCGCGAGGCUGAAGGACGACGCGGCCAGCGUGCAGAGCGGGAACUCGGGCAGCAGCGGGAAAACUAAGUCUGUACAUAAAGCUCCGCCGCCGCCGCUGCUCACCUCCGUCGCCCCGAGGUCACUGGCGGCCCCUGCGCUGGCUAGAGGCAUCCUACCGAGGUCCCCGAUCAGUCACGACGCCUCCACGUUCCCCUCCGCGGCUCUCAGCCCAAGCUUCUCGCCGUCCCUCUCGCCUCUAGCCACCAGGAGUCCCAGCAUCAGUCCUUUGGUGCCGCCGGCCACCCAAAGGUCCAGUCAAAGUGCCAAUAGGGGUAUCCCCGUGACCGACGCCGAGCUCAGGAUCUAGGCGACCCUCGCGAACGUCGUGUCCCACCGUCAGGUAUUAGUAUUAGGUCGCGCGAUGCUUACCGCGAGCGAUGAAACGUUGAACUGUUUGUGCCGUUUCGGCCGUGUAUAAAUUAGUGACGGUAAGUUGACUGACCUUCGAGCGGCGUGCCUCGAAGGCGCCCAAGGUGCGACGAUCACCCUCCGAGCGUCCGCCUUCUCCGUGCGCGCGUUCAUGUUUCACACUUUUGUAGAUAAUUCCGAGCGGUGUACUGCGCGAGGAGGAGACGAAGGAGAAGGAGGAGGCGGUCGUAACGCUGAUAUUACGGUUCUAUUUUGUCCUUAUCUCCCGUCUCUUGUGUACGAUACGACUGUUAAUCGCCGGCCCGAACGCCGGCCUAGAAUACUCGGAAAGCCUUGUAAAUAGGAGGCGUGUAAAUAAUACUCGAAUUGCUCGAAAGGGUUCACCACUUCUCGCCUAUAAUCAAAAGCGGCUCACCGCGUCGUGGAACGGUCGCGUUUGCUCUGCAGAGAUAACCAGUUGGUCGCCUCGUUCGACGGGGAGAGGUUGCUCGUAUUUGAUAUUUAAGCUGGCGACGUCGGCCCCGAGGUGUUGACUUUGGCCCUUUAAGUAUUUGUAGCAACGUCGCGUAACGACGAUAGCGAAUGUUUUCAGGGGGCGCGACUACAGUGGCGUAGACAGUGGAGGGGAGGGGAGCUUUCUGUUCAGCCAACUUGCGAUCUCCUCGCAGUAGACGCGACCGUUUUCCCGCUUUGUAACCGAGAUGAAUUGGUUGAUUGUUUAAUUAGACCCGUUAUCUCCGCGCACAGCGCCGCGCCGCGCCGCGUCGCGUCGCGUCCCGACGGCUUCGUCACGAGUGGACUGAUUCUUUCGCGAUUCGUGGCUCUGGACGCGACUACUCUGUUCAACUUUUGUUCUUCCUCAUGUAACUUCCCUCUUUUACGUCGCGUACCCCCGCCGAGUGGAAUCUCGAUGUAACGGCGGCACGGUACGCCAGCCAGAGCUGCAUACGCAUAAACGCUAGUGGAAUAGAUAUGUCAUAUUUUGUAUAAAAAGAACACGCACACACUCACCUACACACGAAACUCUUUGUACAAAGACUCUCCUGUGAGCCGAGGAUCCGCGCGAUGACGGAUCCUUAAAUGAAUUUUUUAGGAAACUGUGA